UAGAAAUCCGGCAGAGCCUCCGCUUGGACUUUGGGUCAGUCAGCGCCAGUCCAUCACUGAACAGCUUAAAACAGCCGUCACCAUCAAACUCCAUCCUAGCAGACCAUGGCCACACAACUCAGAUAGAGAGAUUGCGGUCUCGUGGUAUACAGCGCUCUACAGGCAAGCUACAGAUUUCCCCAGAAGAAUCUUUUGAAUUCACCUCAGAGGACUUGAGAGAUCUGGGAGAAAUGGGUCGAGGAAACUAUGGUUUUGUUAACAAGAUGAUCCAUGAGAAAAGUGGCACAAUUAUGGCAGUCAAGAGAAUCAGGUCAACGGUAGAAGAAAGAGACCAGAAGCAGCUGUUGAUGGAUUUGGAUGUGGUCAUGAGAAGCAAUGAGUGCCCAUAUAUUGUACAGUUUUAUGGGGCAUUAUUUAAAGAGGGUGACUGCUGGAUCUGUAUGGAGCUAAUGGAUAUCUCUCUAGACAAGUUUUACAAAUUUGUUUAUGGUCAUUUGGGUACAUUCAUUCCUGAGAAUAUUUUGGGCAAGAUCACAGUGGCAACGGUCAAGGCUUUGAAUUACCUGAAAGAAAAAUUGAAAAUCAUACACAGAGAUGUGAAGCCCUCAAAUAUUCUGCUGGACAGAAAGGGCAACAUUAAACUGUGUGACUUUGGUAUCAGUGGUCAUUUAGUGGACUCAAUUGCCAAAAGUCGAGAUGCUGGAUGUCGCCCAUACAUGGCGCCUGAAAGAAUUGAUCCGAAAGCUUCCAGCCGCGGCUAUGAUGUCAGAUCAGACGUGUGGAGUCUUGGCAUAACGCUAAUGGAGUUAGCAACUGGCAAGUUCCCUUAUCCAAAAUGGCAGAGUGUAUUUGACCAGUUACAGCAGGUAGUACAAGGCUCCGCGCCCAGGUUACCCAGUGAUAACAGAUUUUCCGCUGAGUGCAUCAACUUCAUCAACACAUGUUUGACGAAAGAGGACAAACAACGACCAAAAUAUAACAAAUUGUUGGAAGACCCAUUCAUCAAAAGAUUUGAAGUGGAAGAAGUUGAUGUGGCAACAUAUGUUUGUUCGAUACAUGAUGAAAUCUUGAAGUUAUCACCCAGCCCUUCUGCUUGCGAGCAGCCUCUAUCUUAA